AUGCCGGAUGAUGAAAUUAACCGAAUGUUAUCUGUUGUGGACACAAUUUCACAGCCUGCAGAUACAGUAACCCUCGGACCAUUUUCUGUAUUUCAUUCGCAGGUUAAAGCCAGCAGGAGUGUGUUUCAAGAAGAAUUUACCAUAAAUAGUAUUGUUACCGGAUCGGCAAUACCAAAUCAAGAACAAGGCGCCAUCUUCUCAGAUAUUCUCAAAGGAUGCACGGAGAACACAUAUCCAUUCGAAAACGAAAUUUCACAUGAAAGCUCCCAUGCUGACUCGGAUAUCAUGGCAUGGCCAGUGCCCGUUGAUGAUAUAUUUCAAGUUGAUAAUAAUGAUCAGUAUUCAAUAUUGGCUACAAUGUACGGACAAUCCGGAUAUUCUUCCGCCUUCCUCAAAACAUCAUUAGUGAAAAACCCACAGCUAUUGAGAACAAGAGUGCCGCGUCUUAUAGAAAUAUCGAUGUCUUUAUUCUCCGUGAGAGAUACAUCUAUGCUCAUGUAUCACUACAUGAACCAUGUUUCUGAACUACUCCAGCCAGUCUUGCACCCGGGCAAUCCCUGGAAAACAACAUACUUCAAGUUUGCACUGGAAGGUUGCCCUGAACUUGCUGUUGCGGACACUCCCUCUUCCUCGUCGAAAGUCUCGACCGCGAUAUUUCACAGUGUGCUCUCUUCGGCCGCGUUCCACCUUAGAAAUGCAACAAAUGACCCGAAAAGGUUUCAUAAACUUGGUCUUCAGCACAGAGCUAAAUCACUACAAGCUUUGAACGCUGCGCUCACAGGCCCCAUCAAGUCUAAUAUGUAUACCAUAAACCUAACCGCUAUGUUAUCAUUGGUCACCAUUGAUACGAUGACUGGCGAAGAUGAAGAUUUUUUAGUUCAUUUGGAUGGUUGCCAGCAGCUUCAAGCGCUAGAUGGGAAAGUUCUUGACGGCUCAACUCAACAGAUCCGGAGCAUCUGCCAUUUUUUAACACUCCUAGCGCGAACCACGUCACACAAGCUCCAUCGCCAAUCUUCGAGAAAAAAAGACCACUGUUCGGAAACUCCAUUCUUCCAUGAAAAUGAUACAGGCGUCGAGUACAUGUAUGGCAUCACACCAACUCUGGGAAAUCUUCUGCAAAGAACUUGUCACCUCGCUGAGACCAUGUCUCUCCAUCAAGACAAGAGCCUGCCUCUUGAGCUUCAUGAGGCUUGUCAGUUACUGGAAAAUGACAUCACACGAUGGAAACUUGAUCCCGCCCAGUUUCAUAAACUUGGAUCCAGCGCGAUAGCCGUUGAAGUCGCUUAUUGCCAAGCUCGCGCCUUCCAUAGCGCAGUCUUGAUUUACUAUUACCGGACUGUUAAGCUGGAAAACCAUGCAGAUAUGGAAAAAGAAGUAAAUAAGAUUUGGACAAAUCUUAAGGCUGCCGAAGAUCUCAAAGAUCAAUAUCUUGGGGGCGAGAAAAGAACGGCCCCAAUGUCAUGGCCUGCCUUCAUUGCUGCGUGUGAGUCUUGUGAUCGGAAACCCUGGAUUUAUUGGUGGGAACGAGUGCAGGGCUACAAAAUUGGGAAUUUUAGACGACAAUGGAUAAUCAUUCAGCAGCUCUGGGAAAUCAUGGACAAAGAAGAUUCCGUGGCUCACUGGAAGGAGGCCCUUGAAAGGUCAGGAAUAUUAGUACUUCCAAUUUGA